UCUUCGUUGGCUCUCGGACAAGAAGCUCAAGACAAUGGCAGCAAGGCAAGCGUGCUCCACCAAGGCGAUGAUCCUGCUGGUACUCUGUUUCAUCCUGGUGUGUAAGAUUGCGGAGGCCGGUCCACAGCACGUCUGCCCCUAUCCUGCAGCUUGUACUAAUCCAGGUCCACCGGACACGACCCACAUCGUGACGGCAAACACUCGUUACAACCCAACUACGAAAAGGUGUGAGAGGAUCAGGAGAGUGACCGGACCUCACGACUGUCAGCAGUUCGCAAGCUUGAAGAAGUGCAAGGAGGCCUGCGAAAACACCAAAGAGUGAACGGCACGCACGGGUCGAGGUUCUCAGAAAGCUCGCACAUGGACGUCAUCGACGACUUCAUGCGACGUGAUGGUGCAAAUAAAGCUCUUCUGAACGUGACCGCGUCACGAAAAUCAAA